CCUGGCCCUUCGUGCUCUGCCUGCUCCCAGCAGAGACUCCCGCCACGUUCCCGUCACCUCCCACAAACGGGGCCACUCGUCACAACUGCUUCCCACAGCCACGAGCCAGCGGCUCCAGCAGCACCUUCCCCAGCUCAGCACUUGCUGGCCCACGCGGCCCACUGCUGGAGACCUCCCCCACAGCCAGCCAUUGCUCUGGCUCUGGCCCCGCACCGGCCACCCCUCCCUGGUCCUUGCCUCCCAGAGCCUACAGGCUGAGCGCCUGUGGCCACGCCGUCCCUGGGCAACCAAAGGAAGGGGAGGGACAGGACCCCUCCCAAGCUGUGACUCACCUCUGCGCCAGGAAUCUGCCUCCAGCCCCCUUCUGCUCCUCGUCUCUGGAGGGAGAAGGACACCCAGGGACUGCUCAGCCCACAGCAUCUAUUCCAGGGCUGGCAAAGGGGUGCUGCUGGGCCUGCAUUGGCAUCUCACCAGGCGUGCCGGCUCUUUUCCAGGGCUCCAACGAUACACAGCCAAGGAGUCAGGCAAUGUCUCUGUCCAGUGUAAGUACAGCGCCCAGCACUAUGGGGCUCUGAACAAAGCCUGGUGCAAAGAGGGAGCUCAGCAAGCAUGUACUGCCAUGGUCAACACGAUUUCAAAGCCUUCAGGGUACCUCAGGGCACCCCAGCAAGGCAGAGUCACGAUCCAGGACGACAGCCAGCGGGGGAUUGUCACCAUCACCAUGGAGGACGUGCAGGCACGGGACUCCGGCGUGUACUGGUGUGCGCUUUAUGAACAGCUGCACCUUUUCCGAAUGGUGGAGGUUACGCUCAGUAUUUCUAACGUAUCGGCUGGACCAACUUUGACAGGUUCUGCAGGCCCCAAUCACUCAACCCCUUCUGGCGACAGCCCAGCACAGAGCUCAGCUGUAAACAUCUUCAACCUACUCUCUGGGGUCCUGAGCGUCCUCUUCAUCCUGGCACUGAUCACCUCGAUCACGCUGUGUAUCAGGCGGCGCAAGCAGCUCAAGAGAAGAGGUCCCAGACAAGCAGAGGACAUCUAUGACAAACCAGAGGACAUAGCACAGCCUGACAGCACUGAAAGAAUGGAAAGUCCCAGUCAUGACAGCACAGACCUAAAAUAUGUUACCCUGAACUUUAAAUCCCAACUCAGCCCUGAGGAUCCUCUCUACUGCAAUGCUGAACCAAAUCAGACUCACAGGAAACCCGAAGAGGAAAACGUGGAAUAUGCUACCAUUGCACUCAAGCAGUUGCCGAUGAACGACAAGAGGUGAAGCACAGAAUCCCCAAACAGUCCAGAAACGGGAGAAAAGAACUGGAAUACAAAGUGGGAACGGGGAGGAGGAGGUGUGUGGAUGGACACUGGGGAAAGGUCUAUGCUUCCGCUGCCGUGUCUAUGUUGCCUAUGCAUCUUAAGCCUUCCCUCCUGUUAGAGGCCAGGAGAGCAUUUUGCCCCAAGUGUGCAGAUCCUCUCAGGUCAGACAGACGUGCUGGGUAAUUCUCAGGAUCCCUUACGCAUCUGCUUUCUUCAAUUCCAGUAAAACGCAGACUCUUUUAGA